CUUGUCGGGUGCUUGUGGUGGAGCAGCAGCCUUUAGCUAAGUGUCGCUGUGUAACUGGUUGUAUCUGUCAGCUAGCUGCUAGCAGCAGCUGCCCGAAGUGAGCUGUCCACUCGGCCAGAGGCUAAACUUUCACACGUUUCCUCCUCUACCGCUGGAUUAUUAGUGGGUUUCCAUUCGCCGAUGGAUUUGUUUACAUCAUGAUGUCGCACAUGCCCGGACCGAGGCAGGGGAAACUAGCUAACAUCAGCUAAGUUAGCUAGAGAGGGAGACUGACACACUCUCAGCAGAGAGGGAAGAGUCGGCGGAGACACCGGGCCCGCCUCAGACUAAAGUACCGGUGGCUGCUGCCGAGCGAGAAGUUUGACUAGGGCCUUUUUGCUACCCGCCGAGCGGGUGUUAAAGAGAGAGGCCGCGGGAGGAGAGCAGCAGUCGCCCCCCUGCGCUGUUACCGGAGACCGUGGGACGCUUCGGGAGUUUCGGAGGAGUCCGGCCUCGGUUGUGACACUUUUCUCCGACAAGAGAGAGGAAGAGGAACGGUAUGGAAAUGAACUGUGACGGUACGUGUGUGUGUCAUACCCCCGAGCUGUGAAUUAUUUCGCAAGACAUUAGUCCAGCGCUAAGUUUCAUCUGGGAGCAGACACACUCGACGCAGAUCGUCAACAUGUCGAAAAUGCCAGCAAAGAAGAAAAGUUGUUUCCAGAUCACGAGUGUAACGCAGGCUCAGGUGGCGGCCAGCAGCGUCACCGACGACACCGAGAGCCUGGACGACCCGGACGAGUCCCGGACGGAGGACGUGUCAUCGGAAAUAUUUGACGUUUCUCGGAACGACCUGGGGGUGUGUGACAGGAGCUCGUCCGAAGAAACCUUAAACAAUGUCGGGGAGCCUCAGGAGGGCCAGCCGCCCCCCACGGGUCCUGUCAACGGGGGACUCCCCUAUAAAAGUUUCGGCACUGGUCGUAUCACCCCACAUAAUGUACCGAGCUCAGCCACCCAUCCUCUGACAGCCAUCAACAUGGUCCCUGCUGCCACUGUCUCUACCAGUGUGGCUCCCACGGCUCCUGUUAGCACCAGCUGUAGUUCCAGAUUCAGGGUCAUUAAACUUGACCAUGGUACUGGAGAGCCCUUCAGACGGGGCAGGUGGACAUGCACUGAGUUCCAUGAGAGAGAUUCAGAUUCAAACCUUAUUCGGACUUUAACGCUGGAUCACAGUAUAGACAGGGACAGUGGGCUCGAGACCACCAGUAACUCAGUUGUGACUAGCAGUGCUUUUUCUACACAGGCUUUGGAGAACUCCGCAGAUAGUGGCUACUCUCUCGGGCAAACCACCCACCCUCACCCCUCAGAGCUUCAGCAGCAAGGCUACAGCUUGGCUCCUCAGAUAGGGAGUGGAGCAAGUGCCUUCCAGCCCACUGGGUUCCCAACUACAGCAGCACAGCAGCCACAACAGGCUCAGGUCAAUUUGAAGCCAGUUGCACCCCAAAACGUCCUCUCUAACAGCCUCAAUGGCUUGCACCAAGGUUCCAUGCAGCAGAAGUCUACCAUCCAGUCUCCUGCCACGCAACCCCAGCACUGGCAUCCCACUGGCCUCUCGGCUGGCCAGCCGGACUAUCGUCAGCAGCACUUUGGCUCAAGCACUCAGAACCUUCCCUUGACGACCCUCCCUGCGGUGCCUCAAAUCAGCCAGGUAGACUCGUCUCUAAUCACCCCCACUGGUCCAGGAGUCAAGGGGCUGGGAGGAGAGGCAGCCUCAGCCCAAGGACUCCUGCUGCAAGUGAGCAAUGCAACCGCUGCCAUCCAUCCAGGAAGUGGCCAGCAGCAGCCUGUUAGCCAGAUUCAACCUUCCAUGGCCACCACCACCUUCCACAGCGGUGUUCAGAAUGUGCCUGCCACAGUGCCCAGUACCACCAACACCCCUCCAGGUGCGCCAAGUCAGGGGCCUGGCACGGGAGGACUUGCACAGCCCUUUGGAGCCCACGGAGGAGCCAUAACAGGCCUUCCCUUCGGCUUCAGUAAUCAGACAGAAGAUAGUAGGCAGAAGUAUGAUGCCCCACCUCAGCCAAGUGCCGGCGUGGUUCCAGGAAAAGAUGGUCUAAAGCCUUUCAUUGGCGAGGGCUUCAACCUGCCCGCUCCUGGUGUCAGCAGUUUCUUUGGCAUCCAUAUUACCAUGGAUGUGGAUGACGACAGUGCAUCCGGUGCCAGCGUUGUUGCCAUCGAUAACAAGAUUGAGCAGGCAAUGGACUUGGUGAAGAGCCACCUGAUGUAUGCUGUUCGCGAGGAGGUGGAGGUGUUGAAGGAACAGAUCAAGGAGCUGUACGAGAGGAACUCGGUGCUGGAGCGCGAGAACGCCGUGCUCAAGUCGCUGGCCAACUCGGAUCAGCUCAGCCAGCUGUCCGGUCAGCUCACCCAGGGCAGCAACACACCACCGCUGCUGCUGCAGCAGCAACACCCGCUCGUCACAAACAACAACAACAACAACAACCCCUUAGUUCAUCACGAGGGGAGCCCGAGCGUCCCUCAUCAGCCCAACAUCACCUCGGCGUGAUCCCCCUUCCCCCAGAACACAAGCUUAAAAAACACACACCUCCCACGGACAGGAGCGGAAGAUUCUGUUAGAAAAAGACAACAACUGCUACCGUCCCGUUAGCUCCAUAAAGCAAAAGGCUCUGCUCUGCGCUCAGUAUGUCCCAUUUGAGGAAAAAUCAACAACAGCGACAUGUUUGUUUGUCACCUAGAGCCAUGCUUCGAUGUGUGCACGCUGCCGUCACCAGGCCUUCACGUUGUUAAGACAUUUACCACCAAUUGAAAAGUCUUAUUCUGGCCCUGUGUUUGGCUGCAGAGAAGCGGGGAAAGAAGGAAAGGGGUAGGGGAGUCAGUCUAAACCGUAAAACUGCAUGCUGAUAUUGUGCAGGGGACUGGGGGAGGGGUCAAAAGGCACAGAGGGCCCGAUCUAUUCGGGUAACAAGUGAUGGAAGUGGACGAUGCCCCUGCGAGGGUCCUGUAAAAACAUCCAGCCCAGCAUCUCUACCCCACAUCACUCCAGGGCUGGAAGACGGCAGAGAGGUGGGGGAGAAGAUUCGUCCUCCCUGAGCGGAGGAGGACGCCAGGGGGCCGGCUCGAGUGGAGCGAGUCGAGCGCCCCCAGCUUGUCAUAUGCUGCAACAAACGCUUAUGUUGUUUUCUCAGAGCCACCAUACUUUUGACAUGAAUCGUGAUACUUUUUAAUUAGUUCAGUUUUAGUAUUUGCAUUUAUUUAUUUCAGGGCUGCUAUUUUCAUAAUGUAAAUGAACAAUGUCAUCAAGAUACUUAUUAAAAAGCAAAAAGAAA